CGCGGGGAGCCCAGGGGCUGCUGGGAGCGAUUGCUGCCCUGGCGAGGAAGGCGCUGAGGAGCUGCCAGAGCCACCAUCUCGGUCCUAAAGAGGUCUGAUUGCUGAGACACACAGUUGACAAAAUAUGAAUGAGUCUAGGCAACAGUCACUGUUCUUCAUCACACUUCCAGAUUUACAUCAACUGUGUGCUGUCCCAGUAAUAUUAAGUAACAGGGUGGUGGAUACUGAGAUUAGGAGUACACAAAUGAAGAUGUGCAGACAAUUGCUACUUUUGCAUGAAGAUAUUCUUAUAUCACCUGUCCCUGGAAUAUUCAACCAAAUUUGGGUGGUGAUGACGAUACCAUUUUUUAAAGCUGGGAAACUUAAUGCUUAUAUUGAAAAAUAUGAAGCUAAGAUGGAGGCUCCACAAAGAGUAAUUCCUGUAAUUCUUCAGAACUGCCUUUCGUAUUCAUUCAUGGCUAGACUUGCUCCAGCCUGGAAUAGAGCUGGACAUCUCUUGGUACAAGGAAGAGAUUUUCUUUCUCAGAUGGGAAAACAAAGUGCCAUUGUAUUAGACAUCAAUGUAACAGAAGCUCAAGUUUGUCUAAGUAUAGAAGUUUGCACUGUCAGACUGCCACCACCUGAGCUAAAGGAAUUUGAUAUUUCUCAGAGUACUAUAGAGAAUUUUCAUACUAACAAGAUGGCUGUUAUUGAAAGACAUUCCAUUUUGAGCAACUGGUGCUAUAUUUUGCCCAGUAUGAAAAUGGGACAAAUAAUAAAUAUUCUUCAUGCUGUACCUGCUGACUGUCCAUUCCAUUCAUUCGAAGAUUUCCAGAUGCACUGGGAUGACUUGUAUGGCUAUAAACUUCCAGAAGAUGAUAGAAAUAGUAAAAUAUACUGCAACAUCUACUUCAGAAUGAUCAGAGAAAGGACUUUUACGUAUCCUUUUUGCAAUAGUACUUGUAGGAGAUGCCCUCUGACCACCUUAUUUUCUGGUCUUGCUCCUGCUCCAUGAUGUCGUAUUUAAAUGAAAUUAGCUUUCCUCCAUUUCUUAC